AUGGCAGUUCCUCCCAAGUGGUACCAGUUCCUAGUUGGUGUCUUCGCAUCGCUUGGUUCUUUCAACUAUGGUUAUGAUCUCGGUGUCAUUGGGGGCAGUGUAGCUGCCCCGUCUUUCAGUGGUUAUUUCAACAACCCGAAUGCCGAUCAGGUGGGCGCGGUGGUGUCUCUCUUCACUGGAGGAGGUUUCUUUGGUGCACUGGCAGCUGGACCAGCCGCUGAUCGCGUCGGUCGUAGGAUUGCUAUCGUCAUCGGCGCUGUUUGCUUUAUACUAGGAGGUAUCCUCCAGGCGGUUGCGCAGAACCUCUCUUUCUUGUAUUCUGGUCGCGCUAUUGCUGGUUUUGGAGUUGGGUUCUUGGUUAUGAUUGUUCCACUCUACCAGGCUGAGAUUUCACAUCCGUCAAUUCGCGGUCGGGUUACUGGUUUGCAACAGCUCAUGCUCGGUAUCGGCGCGGUAGUCGCGACAUGGCUCACGCAUGGCACAAACACUAAUCUCGACGAUAUCGAUAACAACCAAUGGCGCAUUCCCCUCAGUAUCCAGGUCGUUCCCGCCGGUGUUCUAGGCGCCCUAAUUCUCUUCUUCCCAGAGUCUCCCCGAUGGCUGAUAGACCACGGCCGUCGCGAAGAAGGCCUCAAAACACUUGCACGCCUGCACUCAAAUGGCAUCCUUGACGAUCCAUGGGUGCAAGAGGAAUUCAAUCAGAUUGAGCAAGCUAUCGAACACGAACACACUGUCGCCGCUAAGGGUUACAAAGACCUCUUUACUGAUAAGAGCAGCUUCCGCCGUUUGUUCCUCGUCUGCGCCAUCCAGGCCUCUGUACAGAUGACUGGUGUAUCAGCAAUCCAGUACUACACACCUGAGAUCUACAAAGGCCUGAACAUUGGCACUAGCGAUGCGCUGAAGUACCAGGGCGUUAGUAACGUGCUCUCUGUUGUUGCACAGGCCUGCACUGUCGCGCUAAUUGAUCGCAUUGGCCGCCGCUGGCCGCUUAUUAUUGGUAACGUGGUGAACGGGAUCUGCUGGAUCAUCGUUGCAGCUUCGAUCGCGUCGUUCCCCACGGCCAGUCCCUCUCUCCAGCAUUCCCUUGGCUGGGUUUUCAUUACGAUCAACUGGCUAUACCAGAUCUCGUUCAGCUUCACCUGCGGACCUCUAUCCUGGAUCAUUCCCGCUGAGGUGUUUGACACUAAAACGCGCUCGAAGGGCGUCUCUAUUGGUGUCAUGACUUCCUUCGCUUUUAACACACUUAUUGGCCAGAUCACACCUAUUGCAAUGAAUAGCGUUGGUUGGCGCUACUUUCUAACAUUUGUUGUCUGCAACUUCACUAAUGCUGUCUUUUUCUGGGCUACCCUGCCAGAGACCGCCAAGAGACCGCUUGAGGAAAUGAACGCAUUGUUUAGUGGCAACAAGUGGUUCGUUGCUAUGGGUCGCGAGAAGACGGAGCUGGUUGUGAACGUCUGGGACACGCUAGAGCGAUGGAUAAAUGAGAGACUCGAGGCCGGUCUACACCAGGUCUCGAUUCCAUGCGGUAUCGAAGGCGGCACACAGCCUAUGCGCUAUUCAGCAGCUUUCAUUCUAAUAGCAAACCAAAGCGCUCGACUGGUCCCAUCGGUCUCUUACUGUCGGACGAUCUAG